AUGCACUUCCACCAACAAAGGACACAAAAUGAAGCUGGAGCCAGUGACUGGAGACUCGGUGCGCCUGCAGAAACUGAGCCUGGCGAGACGAGCAGAGACACGGACGCUCAGCAGCCGAGAGAGUGCGACAUCCCUUCAUCCCCUCUGUUCUCUUCGAAGACGUACCAAAGAAGAUCUUCCUCUGCAUCCUCCUCCACCACAGACUCCCUGUCUUCUCAGCAGAGCAACGUGGGAGUUGACUGUGCAGGAAUUGUCCUGAAAUGUCUCUUCUGUCGGUUCUACGAUUUGUUCCUCAUGCUUCCCGAAUCCUGUGAGAGAGUUGCCAAACGCUGCUGCCCCGAUUACAAACAAGUCAUGGAGUCUACACCAAGCAGUAAUGAAGACUCUUGCCUGGACUGGGACUGUGGUCUGCUCAGCUCCUGUCAAGAUACAAGUGAAUGCCUGGAGCUGGCUAUGGAGCUUUCUGAGAUAUGCUAUCACUAG